AUGUGCCGAGUAUUACCUCCUAGUUGGGCUAAACCAGUAGCUCGUCCGAACCCUAAGCUGCGACAGCAAUUCCUUCGCAGUUGCACCGAGGAUUUGUAUCAGUGGCAGACGGCUCACCGGCCACCCGCUGAUCCCUUUAUACUCCACGAUGGUCCACCGUACGCCAAUGGGGCGCUGCAUAUCGGCCAUGCAAUCAACAAGAUCCUCAAGGACAUGAUACUACGGGUCCAGGUUCAAAAUGGAAAGCGGGUGAUUUACAGACCUGGUUGGGAUUGCCACGGCCUUCCUAUCGAGAUGAAUGCCCUUGGUGGUAGUCCAGCAAGAGGAUUGAGUCCCGUCAAGGUCCGAGGAGUUGCGAGGCGGCUUGCGAGCAAGGCGAUGAAGGACCAGAUGAAAGGAUUCCAAUCGUUUGCAGUCAUGGCGGAUUGGGGAAACAGCUGGACGACAAUGGAUCGCGAGUUUGAGAUACGGCAACUGCAAGUUUUCCAGAAGAUGGUUCGCCAUGGGCUUAUCUAUCGCAAACACAAACCAGUCUUCUGGUCAAUAUCGUCGGGGACGGCGCUCGCUGAGGCGGAACUCGAAUACAGGGACGAUCACGUGUCGCACGCAGCGUACGUCAAGUUCCCCAUCGUUUCCCACAGCAGCAGAAUCACAGAUUUGGCAAACUUUGGCGGCCCGCUCUUUGCCGUCAUUUGGACAACAACCCCUUGGACUCUUCCGGCCAACAAGGCCAUUGCCGUGCAUGAUGACGUUGGGUACUCCGUCCUGCGAGUCGGAAAGAAUGCCCUUCUUGUUGCAGAUGGCAGGGUCGAGGCGAUGCGAGAAUAUAUUCACGACUUCGAAGUGUUGGUUUCUGCCAUCCCGGGAUCCCUGCUUACCGGCCUCAAGUAUCGGAACAAGCUGGCCGGCAAGGGUGCACCAGAGCAGCCCAUCAUCCACGCCGACUUCGUGUCGGCUGAUUCCGGAACUGGCCUCGUGCACCUGGCUCCUGGGCAUGGCCAAGAUGACUACGAAGUUUGCUCCAGACUAGGUAUCCAUGCUUUUGCGCCCAUCACCGAUGAAGGACGCUUUACGGACGAUGCCUACCCUGAUCAGCCGGAGCUUCUCACAUCCGCGCCGCCUAUCCUGGAGGGGGGCAGCCAAGCCGUUCUGGGGCUUGUCGGGGAGGACGUCUUGGGCGUUCACAAGUUGUGCCACAAAUAUCCGUACGACUGGCGAACGAAGCAGCCGGUCGUCGUGAGAGCCACGGCACAAUGGUUUGCCGACGUGGGUAGCAUCAAAGAAGGCUCCCUGGAAGCACUGGACCAGGUCUCCUUCGUGCCCGAGUUCGGCAAGAAUCGUCUGGAGAGUUUUGUCAAGGGUAGAAGUGAGUGGUGCAUAUCCCGCCAGCGUUCGUGGGGUGUCCCAAUUCCCGCCUUGUACGACGCCGGCGGGACCUCCGUCAUGACGGAUGACACGGUUAGGCACAUCAUUUCCGUGAUGAGGGAACGCACGGCAGACGCAUGGUUCUCCGAUGCACCUGACGAUCCUGCUUGGGUGCCCCCCGCCCUCGCGGGAAGCUAUCGACGAGGCACGGACACGAUGGAUGUCUGGUUCGAUAGCGGGAGCAGCUGGACAGAGGUUGAUGGUCAAGCAGACAUGUACGUGGAGGGCUCCGAUCAGCACCGAGGCUGGUUUCAGUCCAGCUUGUUGACGUACACCGCCGCCCAAAAGGCUGCCGGCAAAAUGGACAACGAGGUUGCGCCGCCGUUCAAGACCCUCAUCACGCACGGUUUUACCCUCGACGCCGAUGGCAAGAAGAUGUCCAAGUCGCAGGGAAAUACCAUACGCCCCGAUGAGAUUAUGGACGGCCAGCUGCUGCCUCCGAUCAAGGGGAAAGGCGCGGGCACCGAUGGACCUAGAUUCGAUGCCUUGGGGCCAGACAUGUUGCGUUUGUGGGCAGCGAGCAGCGACUACACGUCCGACAUCCUGGUAGGACCAUCCAUACUGGCGCCGGUCCACAACGCCCUCGUCAAGUAUCGUACCAUCUUGAAGAUGAUCCUUGGCUCGCUCCAUCAGUCGGCCCGCCAGGCGCCCCUUACGAAGCUCGACCAAAUCGCCCUGAUGCAGUUGACGGACACGAUGGAUCGAGUUUGGGAUGAUGCCAACCGGUACGAAUUUCACAAGGCUACCGGCCUGAUAAACCGAUGGGUCGCCACAGACCUCUCUGCGUUUUACCUCGAGGCACUCAAGGAUCGGCUGUACUGCGGCGACGGCGGGGGCGCACUUGAACCCAUUUUCGUUGGAUUUCUUCGCAUGUUGGCUCCAAUCACGCCUGUUCUGGUGGAGGAGGCAUGGUCUCAUCGACCAUCCUGGAUGGCGGACGAUGGUACUCUCCAGAAUCCAGCUCGUCAAAGGUUCGACCUGCCCGUGAUCGAUUCAAGUCGCUUGACCGUGGACCAGGGUAGGCUGCGGCAGGACGUCCCUGUCCUGCUCUCGGUGCACGAUGCCGUCAAGGCUGGGCUGGGGCAAGCGAGAGAGGCAAAGGCCGUCGGAAGCUCACUACAAUGCUCGGUCACCAUCACGACGGGGGACAGGACCAUUGCGUCGGUGCUUGAGAGUUACAUGGACGAACUGGACACCAUGUUUGUGGUAUCCAAUGUGGACCUGAACGUGGCGACUGCCGACGCGCCAGGCUGGUGCUACAGCAAGAACUUUGAUGUGCAAGGCGAGACAAAGGGGACGGUGCAUGUGUUCCCUCCCAAACAGGACAAGUGCCCGCGGUGCUGGCGAUACUUGGCCGACGAGGCGGAAAGCCUUUGCGGGCGAUGCGAGGAAGUUGUCGGUGCCAUGGGCGGCGCUGCAUAA